AUGCAGCUAGCUAAUCAUGCGGCUUGGUGGCUGAGUGAAUAUCCACCAGAAACUUCCGAGCCGUUUCAAUGUAUCGCUUAUUCAGGACCCAAGGACUUUCGGUUUGCCAUCCUUGCUCUUGCGGCUGCUAAGCUUCAGGAAGUGAUGGUACUGCCAUCCCCUCUUGUGACAGGUGAGGCUCAGCUCCGGAUCCUUGAAAAGAAGAACUGCACUAUUUAUCUGCGGCCGCCGUCUAUGGCAAGCCAAGUCGAUGCACUCCUACGAGAAGUUCCACACGUUCAGGUUAUCGAGGUUCCUGAAACCGACGAGUUCAUGCAGAGGCCGAAGCUGUUCCGUCAUCCAAAGCCCAUUACCUACACUCAAAGCAUGGUGGCGGGCACCGAUCUCGCCAUGUCGCUUCCGGGCAUUGAAGACUCUUAUAUUACCUCCAUGCCGGCAAAAAUGGUAUUCAUUCACCGGUGUCCCCACCGCAUGGGGAAUGAUGCUGGCACUCGUGUUUUCCACCUUUGUCGACACGAUCCCGGUCCUGGGUCAGCAGAAGUAGUCUUCCAAAUUCUCCAUUUCGGUCAACUAGAAGGAGCCCUCCUACCACCGGGAACAAUCGACGAGCUUUGCCAAACACCAGCUGGUUUUGCGGCACUCCAACAGCUGAACCAUAGUCUGCCGUCUACUCCACCAAGCCCUACAACAUCCCUGACGCAUGGGAAUAAGUUGCCAUCUACGAAUCCGCAGGCGCAGUAUUCGAACACCGAGUCCACAACCUCUACGAGCUGGCCUUUACCCAUCACCCCAAACCCAAACCCAAUGCAGCUCUUCAACGCGUAUACGGACCGUGGUCGCUUCGAAACCAGCGAUCUCUGGGAAGAAUACCCAGUCCACAAAGGCCUCUGGAAGAUCAUCGGCCGCACAGUGACUACAUCUACCCCUCCCAUAGUGAGGGGCUGCACGCUUCACUGUUAG